AUGCUUUCCUUCCUACAUGCUAGCGAUAGGCACUGCGCCAAGUUCAUCAUGCACCCCGAUGCGCACCGUGUGCGUCUUCCAAGCGGUUCCGACCUCUACUUCACACUACCGAUCGACUUGGACGCACGGCAACCCAUGCCGCCCCAGGACCUGGCCGCACUUGAUGCAUACCUAGAACGGACUCCACCACAUCCCUCAGAAGGACCAAACGGUCCCACUCACCAGAAUAACCUCGAAGUGCGAAGUAUCAUUAGCGACUGGCUCGAAGGCUCGCGCUACCUGGACGAUAUGGAGAUGUACGCGUGGGAGUCUGGUCAUGGCUUUCCGAUAUUUGAUGAAUUCGGCAUUCCAAUCGAUUUCCAGUGGGUUUGGGAUGUCAUCGCUUUUGAGGGUGGUGAGGAGUUGAUCUCCCGUUAUGUCGAAUAUAUCAACGAUUCUGCUGAGCUACACGCACAAGGUCAUGCCGAGGACCACCAUGACUCCGCUUCUAUAGGCCGCGCUACUCGCACACCCCACACGCCUCCUCCCGAUUCUCCGCUCGAGCAACCUCAACAUCACCGCUUUGGCCGGUUCCGUGUGGCAACCCAGUCCGACGGACCCGUCUCUGUAGGUGGAGCUGACUUUGCAAACAUGAACGAUUGUCUAGCAUUCCUGGAUACCCUUACCGACAUCGAAGCGAAAUUGCUCAGUAAGAACAUCAUACAGUUGGAAGGCGAUAGUUCCACUGGGUUGCGCAUCGUACGUGGCCCGAAUGCGAAGUUCCUCCCUGAGGGAGCUUCGCAGGCUCAAAAGGUACCUGUUCAACUUCACGCGUCUCCGGCUGAUCAUCAAAUCCGGCAUGUGCAUGUCCAACAAGCAGAUAUUCAACCUGCUCAGAUCCACACUAUCACAGCUAAUCCUCCAAGCCGCAAUGUAAUCAUUCGCCAAGAACACCAAGAACCAAAACCCAUUGUUUUCGUUCACGAGAACCCCGUCAAACAAGAAAAGAAGCCCGUCCAAGAGCAGAAGUUAGUCUUCAAGCGCGUAGGCUCACCACCCGAGCAAACAGUGGCCGCCGAGCUCGACCCCUUCCGCUUCUACGGCCGGGAACCUGCACACGAGGCACGAAACCAAGCUGCCAACGAACAGAGGCUGUUCGACGAGCUUCAAAACCUAUGGGAUGAGUCCCAAAACCUAGCCGAUGAGUACUACCAAGUUUCCAGCACGCGCCCUACUUGGCAUGCCAAAGAUCCACGGAAGACCUAUAACAAGGUAGUAACAAUUGAUCUGCGCGGGCAAGGAGCACCCUCGUUUCGACCUCUAUUCCCGCCCAGCGCCGUAGAUCCUUCCAAGAAGACCACCAACAAGUCCAUCCCCGCUGCCAAAACGGCCCACUCCGUCGCUGCAGAAGCACGUCAUAAACUCUUCGGCGCCGAACCAAGUGCUCACCGCAGUUUGUCGUUUCAGGAGCCUACUCGUCUGUCCAGGCGCCCCAAGGCCACUGGUAGGUCCUCGAGCUAUGAAGCUGGUGUCGACGACCCCGCGUACCGCAUGUGUGGAAUGAAUGCGCAUCAGCCGUAUGCGGAGGAUAGCCCGGAGGAUUCGCCGAGGCCGGCUACUGGGAGUUGGAGGGAUGUGUGA